AUGCAAGGACUCCCGGCUGCGACACCAGCAGAAACAACCGCAACAGGCGAUGCGGCAACGGCCUGUGCUGCCGCUGCUGCUGCUGCCACAGCAGGAGCCUCCCGUGACAUCCUGAUCUCUCUGCUACAGCCUGUGCAGCGUUGCCUGAAGGAAUUCCAGUCCUCUUGCGCCUGCUGCAACGGCAAUCCGCAAACGAAGCAGCACCAGCACCAGCAACACCAGCAGCAAAGGCAGGUGCUCGGUUGUUGCUGCAGCAGCGCGCAGCAGCAGCUUCUGCGGCAGCACAUGCAAAGCACCCUACUGUUGCUGAAGCUCCUCUUGCAGGUUGAUGCACUUGGGUACAAAGUGCAGCAGCAAAUUACGCAAAGCCUUCCCUCAGCAGCACUGACAGGAGCUGUCUGCGCAGCUACCUCUGAAGGCCUUUGUGAAGAUCUGUAUGCGACAGGGCUUAUUUCAGAAGGCCAGGCAUUCCUGGCAGCCUUCGCUCGCUACCGCUCGGUGCGGUGUCUGCUCGCGGUCAGGCUAUGGCUGCAACAGCAGCACCAGCAGGAGCAUCUGCAGGACGCUGCUGCUCUGGGCAGGGGCGAUUUCUCAGGGAGUGCUGCCGAUCUGCAGCAGCAGCUCACCAUCAGGGGGGAGCAAGGAUUUUAUCACAUGGAUUGGCCAUAUGGCCUCCCUGGGCAGCAGGCGCGGCAGAUACAACAGCAGCUGCUGCUAGCUGCAGCUCCAGCAGAGAGUCAUGCCUGUGCUGCAGGUCUUGUGGACGUCUCGAUUUCAGCGGCGGACAGAAAGGCAGCGAGUUGCCUGUAUGCCUCGAUUUGGAGGCGUCUGCGAGGGGGGGAGCUGCGGAAAGCUGAGGCGCUUGCAGCAGCGAAGGGGGCCUCUUGGCUUGUGCAAGUUUUGCGGGGGGCCGAACCUUGGCUCGAUGCACACGGCACCGAGGGCUUUUCCCUGCCUGGAGGCGAUGGUCUUUGUGAUGCGCAAGACAUUGAAUUCUUUUCUAAUGCCUCUUCGGUUCUUAGGAGCGCCUUAUGGCCAUGCGGCCUAACACUGAAAGACUUGUUACAAGAAAACAUCGGCUCCAGCGAGAACAGGAAGCGAGGAGGUGCGCAUGCGUGUCUCGAGACAGCAAUGGGAUACGACGUGCAGGGCACCGACAGCAGCAGCAAUUUCGACAGCAGCAGCAAUUUCGACAGCAGCAGCAGCCUUUUGGCCAGCACUGAAGCAUCAACUCUUGGAAGACAAGGUGAGGGGAAGCCGCAGCGGGCUCUGCUGCAGUAUACCUGCAGCCAAAUUCUGCGAAGCAUCAGGAGCACGUUGCGAGGCAGCGCGAACAAGGUUCCCGGCAGCGGCGGCAGUAACUCCGCCAUCGACAACACCACUAGCAGAUUUGGUCAUUGCGAGAGUCAUUACUGCAUGAGUCAAGAGGAAGCCGGCGUCUACGGCUACAUCGCGGCAGACGUCGAGGCUUUAUUUGCUGUCGUUGAGCAAUGGAGUGACGCAGUAUUUUCCCUUUGCCAUUCUAUCCAUGAGGAGCUGCUGCGGUGCCUCGUAGGCGUGAUACGGAAGCAACAGCCGCGCAGCCUUUUUAGCGGCGAAGUUGCUGCUGUUUCUGCGGCUUCGGCGGCAGCAGAAGCUGCAGCGACUGCGGCUGCGCCUCAUGCUGCCCCUUGCCUUCUAUCAUCGGAAAAGCGGUGUGAUACGCUACAGCGAUCGCACCAACGGCAGCUGCAGCAAGGCGCUACAGACGCGUUUGGCGAGACAGUGCUGUCGCUGCUGCCUGGCUUUGCUUGCGCUGUUAUCAAAGCAGUGGGGGGCCAAGCUGAAGGGCUGUUGCUGCACGAUGUGGGAGAUGCCAGCCUCUCAGCAGCGCAGGGAGGUCUCCCCGAACCUGUUGCUUUCGACAAGGCCCGUCUGCCGGUUCUGUCGGACGCUCUGACUGGCAGCAGCAGCGGCAAGCAGCGCGUUGCUUCUGAGCAUCAAGAUUCUUUCAGGUUACUGCAAAUACACCUGAUUGCAGCCUACAUGGAGUCUCCCAUAGCCGGCCUGUGUGAAGCAGAGGCCGACGGGCUUGGCGCUGCAGCGGGAGCGACGGCAGGAGCAGAGGAAGGGAUGCAUACCCGCUUGCUCUUGCAGCAGCUGCUGCAGAUGGUCACUACGGGAGCUACAGUGUACUGCGCGGCGCCUCGCAACGGAGGGAGGGCCUUGGGGUCGAGCGGCGUUAGUCCGGAGAUUCAGCGGUUCGCUGCUCUCUUGCUCUGCACCCUGCGAGACAUGGGGCAGCUGCAGCUGCAGCAGCACACGGGGAGAGAGGCAGUUGUCUUGCAGCGACACAGUCUCUUUGCGAUCGGUGCCGAAAGCAUCGACGAGAUCGUGGGACAGUACGUGUAUGGCGCUUUGAGGAACUGGGGGCCUCUCGACGUGUCUUUGGCACGGAUUACUCAGCAGCUGUCUCCUGACCGGCGGGCUGUGCUGGUAGGAGAGGUGCUCUGGUCUCGCAGCUCUGUAGCGUGGGGGGGAGCUUCGGAUGAUCGUUUGGAUUCGUUCGUUGCCUGGAUGUGCAAUAGCUUUCCUUCCGAUGUAUUGACCGUUGCUUGUCGAGUAGCCGAGUUGCUUUGGGAGUCUGCUGCUGAGGUGCUGCCUGCCCUCAACGCUACGGCCCCGUCCACGGAAACGGCGCGUGUCUUGCAGCAUCAUGAGGAGACGCGAGUGCUGCGGGGUGUCCAGUUCUUGCUGCAGCUGCUGCUCUCUAUCUUUGGCUUCUUUUACCUCGAUUCACAAUCGCAGCACAAGGCAGCGCUGCCUCUGCUUCGGGUCGCCCGCACACCGCAGCCUUCUCUCAUUGCAGCAGCCACAGCUGCAGUCACAGGUGCUCAGGGAGCGCCUCGUGUUGCGGCAGGUGUCACUGUUCACGCACAAAGCAAGCUGGACGCCGACCAGCAGUAUGCACUUUGCCUUUUGGGAUUCUUCUGCUUGUCCCUUUGCUCCUACGGGGCGUUUCUUGGCAUCGCUGUGGAAGCUGCUGCAGCGCGGCGUGCUGCAGUCGGUCACACCGCCGCUGCGGCGCUGCCUGCUGCAGCUGCCGCAUCUGCUGCUGCUGCUGCUGCUCCUGCUGCUGCUGUGGACGGGGAGGAGGCACCUGGAAGAGCUGCGACUGCGCAAGCCAAACGCAACGAGCGCUACAGUGUGACGGAGUGGCUGCACCAGGCUUUGCUGCCAGGACUCGUUAUCCCACUCGUUGUUGAAUCGCUUGCUUUCUGCAAGAGCAGCAGUGCCGCUCGUGCCCCUGCCGCUUUGGUCUUCCCUGUAAACAUCGCAAACACCGGAGAUACGAGCAGCAGCAGCAGCAGCAGCAGCAGCAGUGGCGCUGGCGAGAGCAGUAGCAAUGACAGAAAUGGCGUAUUUUCACGCAACCUCGAGCUUCUGCUCGCUGCACCCCUUGCGGCGUCCCUCCCACAGGCCCUACUGUGUCUACGGCAAGAGCAAAUGCAGCUUCAGACAAGCACGCACAGACUGCCUCUGCUGCCGCUUCAGCAGUUCGCUGCACUUGAGGCUUUUUCUUCGCUUCUGAAGGCCGCCGCUGCCGCUCGACCCGGUAGCCGCAAGGGUUACGCCGCUGAGCAUCUCGUUGCUAGCGCGCUACAGCAGCCGCAGAAGCAGCAGCACAUCGCUGAGCUGCUCUGCGCAUUCGCUUCGGAAAGACGAAACUUUCAUUUCCCUCUGCUGCAGGACCAGGAGAACCUACAGCAGCAGCGCAUUGCCGCUGCCGCGGAGCUAGAGCAACAACUUCAGGUGCAGCAGCUCUCUAGGCGUCUUGGUGCGUUAGCUCAGCAGCACUCUGCCGAAUCGGCAGAGCCGAUGAGCCUGUAUUGCCAGCGGCAGCAGCAGCGACAGGCAUUGCUGGAAGCGCUGCAGCACGAAGAGCAGCAUCAGCGCGAGCGCGAGCUCCAGCAACACUUCUACAUGCCCCUGUGGUGUGAAGGCGCGGGGCUGUUCGAGUCAGAAGUUUCAGAUCUCGAGGCCGCAGCAGCAGGAGCAGCAGCCGCCGCAUUCUUGCCGAGUGUGCGUUCGCGGCUUCUGGCAGACAUCAUCCUCAUUGCCGCAGCUGAGUGCAGCGAUGAAACAAUCCCUGCGAACCGCAGCUGCAGCAGCAACAGCAGCAAUGCGACGAGCCCUAAUCCUUUGUGCGCCAUGCUGAGUGCUGUGGGUUGCAACCCGAUGCUUUCCGCCGUCAUAUCAGAAGACGAGUUCCCCGAGGUGCUUCUCCUAGCAACUCUCCAAGCCACCAAAGUAUAA